AUAGUUAGUAGUUUGCAACACUGCGUUUUAGAGCUGGCAACCCAGUCAGUAACUAAUCUACAUUUUGUGAGUGUGUUGUUUGAUAUUUCAUAAAAUUUUAACUUAUUAUUCCGCUUUAUUCGGCGGUCAAAUUUUUUAAAUACAAAUCACAAUCAAAAAUCAAUCAUGGCUUUGGGCGGUGGAAUGUCCUGUGUGAAAUACCUGCUCUUUCUAUUCAAUCUUUUGUUUGCGAUAACGGGACUUAUUAUUCUGAUUGUUGGCAUCCGAGCUGAGAUCAAAUCAGCUCCUUACGUGGACUUGGCUGACGAGAACUUCUACACAUCUGGUCCCAUUGUCCUGAUCAUUGUUGGAGUCAUAGUGUUCAUUGUUGCCUUCUUCGGAUGCUGUGGUGCAGUCAAGGAGAAUCACUGCAUGAUUGUCACUUUCUCAGUGUUUCUGCUGAUCAUUUUCGUGGCGGAGCUGGGAGUGGGCAUCGCAGGGUAUGUGAAGCAGAAGGACCUGGCCGCGAACCUGGAGCGCCGGCUCAACGAUACCAUCGCCGACUACCCCAACAACCCCAACGUCAAGGAGACCUUCGACAUCAUCCAGACUGAUCUCCAAUGCUGUGGCGUCCGGGGCCCCGAGGACUGGCACAAUGCGACUCUGCCCAAUUCCUGCUGCUCGGCGCUUGACAUCAAACCCAACGGCGCCGUAUCCGAAUGCAUCAUCAACGGUCCGGCUGUCCACAAGACCGGCUGCCUUGAAGCCAUCAGAGACAACAUGCAGACUAUAGCAGCUGUGCUUGGAGGCGUUGGUUUGGGAAUUGCUAUUGUACAGCUGCUGGGCGUAAUAUUCGCUUGCUGUCUCGCUCGCUCCAUCCGCAGCCAGUAUGAGACAGUGUAAAGGGAAGACACUGGACUGGCGCAAGAAUCUAUCUCCAUUCAUUGUGAUUUAUUUACUAGUUAUCGAUCAAUUUGUGUAUAUGUAGCAUUAAUUUAUUUUAUUAUUGUUAUCUCAGAUCGUUUUCCUUUUUUAUAUUUGCAUUUUUUAUGAAGACACCCGAAUUUUACUUCCUUCAUAAAAACAAUUUGUAACUCAACCUCAUCUGGGUGGGAUAUACCAACCACCAAAGUUCACCAGUCUUAAAAGAAAGUGUUAUUAGCAGUAAGGUUUUUAGCGUGCCAGCACAUCAGUUAUUAUUCCAAAUUUCACAAAAAUAUUGAGUGUGCUCAGUGUUAGAAGACUGAUUUUUCGAUUAGAUGGGUUUCUAAUGCCAAACUCCAUUACAUGAUUACAUGACGACUUUUUGUGUAAUUGUUAUAUUGACUACCCAAUUUAAAUUUUUACAAUCUUCAUGUUUCAUAUUUUCUCAUUAGUCCAAGUAGAAAUGGUGCACAUUUAAAAAUGUAAUUUAUUAAUUUUCGUUGAAGACGAAAUCUUUAAUAAAUAUAUGAUGAUAAAAUAUCGAUAUAAUUAUCUCUUUUUGUACUUUAUCAAUGUGAAAUAAACAUUAGAUCAAUGUUCAAGUGUUUGUAGAUAUAUUUGUAAUAAAAUCAGCAUAUCUACAGCA